AUGUCCCACAACAACAAACCUGGUCAUGAUGCAGCUCAACACCUGCGCAUUACAAUUGCAAUAACCGCGUUACGCUUCAAGCCAAAAGACCAGUCCCUCCAAGCCUACGUGCUCGAUCUUCGGGCCAAGUUCCCCGCUGCUGCCGCUGAGGCGCAAAAUGAGUGGCGCGCGCGCGCGUUGGCGCUAGAAAAAGAUUUACAGGCAUUGCAGUUGAAAUACGAGAGCGAGCAUAUAGAAUUGCUAUCUCUCCGGGAUGCUCGUCCCCCAUCACAGCCUUCUGGCGAGUCGGCUACUGCAAAUAGCGGAAAGAAAAGGCAAAAGAAAAAGGCGAAUGUGCAAGUCGACCUGCCCGCAGCCUCCGUCGCUACGCGCCCGACUUCCGAGCUGAAGGCCAUUUUGGGAGAUAAGCACACGACACUUAAUAUUCCUCUGAUAUCAUCAAACAAACACGUGCUAUCUGCCUUCCAGGCCUUGGACAUAUUCGUAACUGUUCGGUCAGCUAGGCAGAGUGCAGAGAUGGAUCGAUAUUUUGUGGGUAUGGUAACUCGCGCCAUCGACGCGCUAAACAGUGUGGUUGAGACUUUGCUUCCCCCUCACCCUACGGUCUCUGCUUCGACAGACACUCUGGCUGCAUUGGCGAUGCUAUCACACCGUCUGCUUACGACGGCUAUUCCACUACUGGCGAAAUCUGAUCGCAGAGAAAAGACCAAGACUGGGGGACAUCUUUCUCGCGAAAGUGUCCUUGAACGCAUGACAGAGUUGAUCCUUGUGCCCCUCAUUUGCGCAUUUGCGCCUCUCUCAAAAAGAUAUAUUACGGCUCUAUUCUCUGACAGCGGAAAAGCAAGCAGACAGCUGCCCAAACCCCAAGCACACAAACGAGCUACCGAAACUGACCUCCGUCCUGACGUUUUCGCCGCUAUAGAGCGGAUCGUGUCGACCCUGGACACACUCACGACAGGAGGAACGCUCGCUGCAGCCAGCUGCACGAUUGCCAAAAGUGUACUGGCUCUGGAGGCCGCUCGGCAGCUGCAAGCACUGUACCCGGACAGGGAGGCUGCGGCUACAUCAGGGACUGAGGGUUCCGGCGAGAACGCAUCCACCGCAUCCGGUAUUGCUCGCCGCGGGCGAGGGCCCUCCGAGCGCCUAGAGCAGCUCAUUAGGAAGGAUACGCUUUGGUAUCUCUGCCACACCCUACACCUCGUGCUGCCAGCCGAACCCCGGGCGGCGCCCCCGCGGGAACAAGACGUUCUGUUGGAAGACCUAGUGUUUGCAACUUUUUCGGACGUACUGCGGCGGACCAAAACCCCUGGUAGUGCGGCGCGGACAGCGACAGCGGCGGGCCGCCAUGAGGUCGCUGCUCCGCAGAGCCAUGGAGACGUGCUGACAGAGGCAGAGAAGAACUCGGGUGCAGCAAAAUCAAGGGCGGGGCCCUGUGGAGGCGUCGCUGCGAGGCGCCCGCGCUUCGCGAUGAGCGAGGUGGAGCGCGGGAUGGUGUUGGCUGUAAUUGAGAGAGCUUGGCUUGGGCGCUGA